AUGACCACAGAGGAGAGCUCCCAGGAUAUUUUGAGGCUCCAGUUCAAGGCGAUGCAGGAGCUACAGCAUCGCAGGCUACAGAAGCAGAUGGAGAAAAAGAAGGAAAAGGAGAUGAGCCAUCAAAGCCCAGCAGAGGAUCCAAAAGAGACCUUGGAGAUCCCAGAUGGCCUCAGCUUCCUCCAAACAGACGAGCAGAAUCUCAAGAGCAUCUUUGAACAGAGGGUGUUGGAAGAUGAGAUCCAGCAGCUGCGGGAGGAGCUCAGGGAGGCGGUGGACGAGAACGGACGACUGUACAAGCUGCUGAAGGAGAGGGACUUUGAGAUUCAGCACCUCAAAAAGAAAAUUGAAGAGGACAGAUUGGCCCUCACAGGGACUUCCAGUAUGGCUGGAGAUGUGGUUGCCACCAAAAUCAUUGAGCUGUCCAAAAAGAACCGGGUGCUGAUGGCGGAGUCUGAGGGAGCGAAGACCAGGGUGAAGCAGCUGAGCGGCCGCAUCCAGGAGCUGGAGCGGGAGCUGCUAGCAGCCCGGGCCCAGCUGCCAACCAAGGAGACAAGCGACGAAGAUGCCAAGCUAUUGAAGGCCCACAGGGCUGUGCUAGAGACGCCAGAGGUCAAGGCACUGCAGGAAAAGCUGGCUGCCACCAACCUGAAGAUGAGCGACCUGCGGAACCAGAUCCAGUCCAUGAGGCAGGAGCUGCGGAUGACCCAGAAGGUUCUGGUCAGCGAAGUUGGCGAAGACGUCAACAUUCAACAGCUCCUGUGGUCGCCCGGGGCCUGGCGGGGCCGGGCCCAGCAGAUUCUUGUUCUGCAGGGCAAGGUCCGAGAGCUGGAGAAGCAGCUGGGGCAGACGCAGGGCAGGUCUGCGGAGACGGCCAGCGAGGCGCCCCCCACCCACCAAGACAGGAAGAAGCUGUCAGCACAGGAAAAAAACCUGCUGAGGAUCCGCAGCCUGGAAAGGGAGAAGCAGGAGAGCUGGGAGAAGCUCGCAGGCGAACGCGAUGCCCUCCAGCGGGAGCUGGAGGAACUGAAGAAGAGGCUGGAGGCCAUGAAAUCGCGCAACAAGGUGCUGUCGAAUGAAGUAAAGACGCUCAAGAGCCAGAUGGCGACCCUGGUGGAGAAGGGCAAACAUGACGACGAACUCAUCGAUGCGCUCAUGGAGCAGCUGAAGCAGUUACAAGAGAUCUUGGGCAGCCUGAGCCUCCAGGAGGAGAAACUGCGCAAGUCCCAGCACACCGAGGACCAGAGGGCCAACAGCGAGGCGCAGCGGAGCAGCAGCCUCGUGGCCCAGCUGCGGGCCAUGGUGGCCGAGCGGGAAGACAAGGUGCGGCAGCUGGAGCUGGAGAUCGGCCAGCUGAGCAAGCAGGUGAGCAGCGAGCACGCCGGCUGAGCAAGCGGGUGAGCAGCGAGCACGCCGGCUGAACAGGCAGGCCCCAGAAGCUCCCCCCCCGGGUCCCCCAGUUCUGACGGACCCCGUGCCGCGUCUUUGUCCAGCUCUGUGUCGAGCCUCGGCCACACAUUGGUGGAAUCGGCGCUCACCAGGCCUUCCCUGCCUAGCCCUCACCAGACCUCGCCCAGGUUCUCAGACUCCCCAGAGCACAAAGGCUGGCAGGCCCAGGUGGCAGAGAUCAAGGCCCUGUGGCAGGCCACCGAAGUGGAGCGCGAUCGGCUCCAGGAGUUUGUGACCGUCCUGCAGAAACGGGUGGAGGAGAGCAGCAGCAGACUCCUGGAGGCUGAGCGGAGGCUCCAGGAGGAGAGGCAACGCGCCGUGGUCCUAGAGCAGAGGCUGGAGAAGACCCGCCUGGAGUCCGGCCGGACCCCACAGAAAGCCUCCAGGAACAAAGCAGGUGCACCUGCCUCCACCACCAAACACAACCCAGCUAGCAGCGAGAGGAAAGACCUGUCUUCUGCCACCGAGCUCUCGGAUGUACCAGCGGAAUCCCAGAUCCAGGAACUGACCACCAGGCUGGCCAUCCUGGCGGAGGAGAACGAGAUGCUGAGGGCGGCGCUGGGCAGCGCCCUGCGGGGCAAGGAGGAGGACUUCCGCGUGUACCACGAGACGCUGGGCCAGGUCAAGGGCGUCUUCCUGCAGGCCCUGAGGCAGCAGAAGGCCGAGAGGAGCUAG